AGCUAUUCGUAUAUGAACAGAGGGUAUCAUUAGAGGAUCUCCAUGGCUUCUUGGUCACGGACACAUGACGGUGUUGGGAGAGAGAGAGCGCGGCGCAGCUCGGUGCUGCUGUCACAGAGGCACGGCGACAGCAAACACACUGACCACGCAGUACAUGGUGCGGUUCUCCCACCUGACAGUGCAGCUUCCUGAACGAGACAAAUAAGCAGGAGAAAUGACACAGCAGGAUUGGCGCAACCGUUUCGGAGUGGUUUCCUGAGAGUGGUCACCUCUUGCCAGCUUUCACUAGAAACAGAAGAUUAGAGGAGGAAACGCUGGAGGGACACCAGGAAGUUCAGACUAUGCCAGGGCUAAAAGAACACCAACCCAUUCAGAAAGAGGAGCACUUUGCAGCGUAAUGUAGUUCUUUAUGACUUCCUCCAUGCAACAUUGCUUGGCUGAUUUCAUUGGCUGACUAUAGACUGAGGGACCAAUGGAGCAGGACGGGGAGGAUCUGAACCUCUCCUUUCUACUGGAACAUGAAAGAGAUAUGAUCCUGAAGGUGCUGCAGAAAGAUGAGAAAUUAAGGAAACGAGAGGAGAAGAGGAUACGGAAGCUAAAGAAUGAGCUGCUGGAGAUCAAACGAAAAGGUUCCCGUCGGCCCCAGGAGCUGGGGGAACGACAGUGCGCUCGCUGCCUGAAGACUUUGGGCCUGAUCUUCGACCGAGGAGAUCUCUGCAAGGAGUGUCAGCUGCGCGUCUGCAGCGACUGCCGCGUGAAAGCUCCCAACACACACCAGUGGAAGUGUAAUGUUUGUGCCAAGAUCUCGGAGCUGAAGGUGGUAACAGGAGAGUGGUUUCUGGAGGAGCGGUCCAAGCGCUUUGAGCAGGGAGUGCCGAGCAGUGACGUGAUCAAACAGACAAUCAUGAGUAGCCCCCCCACCACAGCAAAAAAGUCUACAGAAAACCUGUCAGCACCUUCUCAGUUAGAGAACCCAGACACCCCAAGAUCCAAAAGAAGUCCACUACUAAUAGCUGUGGACGGUGCCAGGAGGAAAGGAAGGAUGAAGAUGGAUAAGAAAGGCAACCGAAACACCUUGAAGCCGGAGAACGGAGUCGACAGCGUCAGUGUCAAAUCUGCUUCGGAUGGAGAUGCUCAAAGCGUACGAAGUGUUCGCUCUGCACCGAGUCCACGUUCAAACAGGGGCGGUGCAGUGGCCUUGGAGUCCUCGGGGAUACCCACGAUUCCCAACAACCUGCGGUCCCAAACUCAGGAUAGAUCCCCUACUCCCAGCGACAACCGGAGGGUCAGGCCUGACGGAGCAGAGAGCACUGCCAGUUUACGCGACAGCGCAUCUGAGAAAAAAGCUGCCGGCCAUCACAGGACGAACUCAGGCACCCCGACCAUUUCUGUGUCCAGGGCCUCAGUUUCAUCAGAUCACAGUCGCUCAGAGAUGGACCUGUCAGCUCCUGGUUCUGAACCCAGUGACGACGCCUUCAGUCUCAGAAGCCAUUCCGUCCCCGGACUCAAUGAAAAAGAGUUUUCUGAUGAAGAUGCGGAGGAAGACAUCGAUGCCCUGAUGUCGGCCCACAGCAAUCCUGCCAGCCGACGCUUGAGCAACGCAGUGUCAACGAGUAGCAUAAACAGCAUGAUGAGCAUGUACAGCGAGACUGGUGACUAUGGCAACGCCAGGGUGAGCGGCGAGAUCCUGCUGAAAAUCAGCUACAGCUACAAAACCGGUGCUCUCAAUGUCCUGGUGAAAGAGUGUCACAACCUGGCAACAGGAGAUGAGAGGAGGCAACGCACAGACGCUUAUGUGAAGACUUACCUGCUGCCAGAUAUGUCACGACAGAGCAAGAGGAAGACAAGCAUCAAGGCCAACACCAUUAACCCCGUUUUCAAUGAGACUCUAAGGUACGUGAUCAGCCACUCGCAGCUGGAGACACGAACCCUGCAGGUCUCUGUGUGGCACCAUGACCGGUUUGGACACAACAGCUUCCUGGGAGAGGUGGAGCUGACCUUUGACUCCUGGGAGUUUGAUUCCCAAAUAGAGGACUGGUACGCUCUGCAGCCCAAGCUGGAGAGCAAUAUAGACUCCACAAUGCAGUAUAAAGGAGAACUGACUGUCGUGUUGAAGUACAUUCCUGCAGAGAAGAACCUCACGCUGCCUCUGGACCAAGUACAAGUGAAGAAAGGGUUCCUGAAAGGCAAGAAGACAAGCAGCUUUACUCUGCCCAAAGGGGGCAUGGUUGAGCUGCUGGUCAAAGGAGCCAAAAAUCUUACUGCUGUCAAGUCUGGAGGCACUUCUGAUCCUUUUGUGAAAGGAUACCUCCUGCCUGACAGCAACAAGUCAACCAAGCACAAGACAGUGGUGGAGCGACGCACUGUGAACCCACAGUGGAACCACACCUUUACCUAUUGUGGCCUGCAGCCAGGAGACCUCAACAACGUCUGCUUGGAGCUCACGGUCUGGGACAAAGAAGCUCUGGCCAGCAAUGUCUUCCUGGGAGGAGUCAGGCUUGGGGCUGGCACAGGCAAAAGCUACGGGAACGAGGUAGACUGGAUGGACUCCUACGGGGAGGAGCAGCGGCUGUGGCAACGUAUGAUUGAAAACCCAGAAAUCCCUCACGAGUGUACUCUGAUGCUGCGAUCCAGCAUGCGCAAGUGCAACACAUGAGGCGGACCAAAGCACAGACAGAGAGGAUAAAAGAGAAUAACAGAUGGAGAGGAGAAACAGAAAGAAGUGAUGUGAAGGCGUUAGGAGAGGGGGAGAAGUGGAACGGUCAGAAAAAAAACAUUAAAAAAACAGCAAAGGGUCCAACGCUCAUAAAGGAACAGAGACCGUCCCUCUCACUACUUCUUCUCCCCUGAGAUGCCCUGUUCAGAUCCCUGUUCCUGUCCAGAACAGCCAGUCAUGCCUUACACAAUCAUACACAUGUACCCCCUCCUGCCCUCCAAAGCAUCUAGUAUUGACCAAGCACUGCUGUUUACUGCUGUAUAUGAAAAACAUGUGUUGUAUGUAACUUACUGUAUCUACUGAAUAAGCACACGGUGUGACUCCUGAUCUGUCUGUCCUCGUCUCUGUGAUUCAUGUUCAUACAGAGUCACAUCUGCAUGUAGUUACAGCUGAUGGAGACUAUUUGUAAGGCGUUAGAUGAGGCACUGAUCAAUAAUGUAUAGACUUAGACAUUCCCUUUAUUAGCAACCAAGCUUUACCCUGGUCUGAAGCACACGAUGAUGCUGAGAUUCAUCCCCUUAUAAAUAGUUGUGUACAGAGGUGGAAAGUGACUAGUACUAUUCUUCUUACUCAAGUAGUAUGUUUACCUAACUUUAUUAUUGAAACAUUAUUGAUGAUCACUUGUGAGGAAACAAAAAUUAUUAUCAAUCGCCAGUUAAUAUCCGAUGCUUUCCAAAGUAGUCUUAUAUGCUUUCAUUUACAACACUUUAUGGGGGAAAAUAAUAUUAAAGCAAAAUGGAGUAUCCUCCUUCUUCUUAGGGUAAAAGUAUAAAUACUGAUUUUAGACCAUACAUUGAGCAUUUUUAGCCACACUAGCAGCUUCAUAAAGGCAAUUUCAGUCUUGUUUGGUCGCUGCACCCCUCUGGUCCAGACUGAAAUAUCUCAAAAUUACUGGAUAGACUGUACCGCCAUUUAUGGUUCCCAGUUGAUGAAUCCUAAUGACUUUGGCAAACCUUUUCUUCUUGCGCCAGUCACCUUGAGGUUCACAUUUAUGGUUUUGAAGUGAAAUGUCUUGACAGCUAUUGGAUGGAAAACAAAAUGUGUUGUUCUCCACAGAGUGAAUUGUAAAAACUUUGAGUCUCUGAUGUUUCUUUAGCGCCAUCAUCAAUACUUUGGUUUGCAUCCAAAAACCUGCAAAAUAAUGGCAAUCCAAUCAGCCUCAGCUGUAACUUAUGUUUAGUGCUAAUUAGCACAUUUUAGCAUGCUAACAGGCUAAACUAAGACGGUGGACACGGUAAACAUUAUACCUGCAAAACAUCAGCAAGUUAGUGCUGUUUUGUGAGCAUGUUAGCAUGCUGAUAUGUAGCAAUUCCACUCAAAGCUCCACUGUGGACAGCCUCACAGAGCCGUAGCAUGGCCAUAGACUCUUUGUGUUGUUUGAUAAAUGACAACCAGUUAAUUUAAAGCAAAAUUGUUGGUAAUUUAUUUUCUUGAUCGACUAACUGAUUAAUCAGCUCUCAGUUCUUAAAAAUUGCAUUUAAGCAGAACAGAGAGUAGUUGUGGUUACUUUCCACCUUUGGUUGUCAGAAGAAAAAAAAAUCAAGAUUUCAUCAUAAUCAUAACAGUGUAUCAGCGUGAUCAUAGAAACUGCAUGGUGUUAGAGAAAACAGAGGGAGAUGAACAAAAGAAAGUAAUAUGAAGCACUGAUAAUGACAUGACUUUAAGCUCAGACGGGAAAGUGUUCCCAGGAACCCUGAGACGAGGGCUGUGUGUUAUAGAGUGAGUCAGCGCUGAGACGAGCUGCCUUCAUCUCAGGGGGAGCCUAAUAAUGAGUCAGUGACAGUGACCUUGUCCCUGUCGCUCAGGGGCUCUGCGAUCCACCAUCCUGUGAUGAAUCACGCAGUUGAUAAUUCUCAACUUAAACCCUGUACAACCAUUUUUUCAUGUGGAAUGCCAGUUUUGUCUGCUUGUCCUUGGCAAACCCUCUGCUCCCAGAGACAAACAGUUUCACACUGCACAAUUAUAGUAAUAAUACAUGGUGUUCAACAUACUUUAGAUGAGAGGCUCGUGCAAUACCUGAUUACUGAAGAAACAUUUGAUGUACAGCAUGUACUAUCUCUGUUGUGUCUAGUUUCCAAGCAUCAAACUCACUGUAUUCAAGCCUAUUUUCUCCCAGAUGUGUUACAGGGAUAUUUUGAAAUAAAAGCAUCUUUCCAUAGA